GGUGCGGGCUGUUGACGUGGAGCUGCCCUCACCUUGGCAACCAGGAAGUGAUUGACACACACAUGAACACAGGAAGAAGCUGAAACACGUCAAGCAGGUUCAGUUCGGAGAAGCCCGAGAUGUUGAAAUGAAGUUUCAUGAAAAGAUUGUCUCCUAUUUUGAAUCUUGCAACUCACCUGUGGACAAAGAAGGGUACCUGUCUAAAAAGGGUGAGAUAAAGACUUCCUAUCAGAAGCGCUGGUUCGUGCUGAAGGGGAACCUCCUCUUCUACAAGGACCGGCCGGACGAUCGGGAAGUGACAGGGGUGAUUGUUCUAGAGGGCUGCACCGUCCAGCUGUGUGAGUCUGAGGAGCAGUUUGCUUUCUCGCUGGUGUGGGGUGAGCAAGGACUGCGGACCUACAAGUUUGCAGCCGAGGACCAGGCGAGCCAGGAGAGCUGGAUCAAAGCGUUGCUGUCAGCCAACCACGGCUACCUGCUACUCCUUCUGAUGGACCUGGAGAAGAAGUACAGAGAUGCACUAGGUGAGUUCUCUGAGGAACCAGCCAGAGCUUUCACCAUGCCCAAUUACAACACAGCAGGAUUGCCUUCUGCCCCUUUAAGCAUACAAACCUCCACACUCCCGUCAUAUCCAUCACCAUUUGCCGGAGCAGGACCCAGCCUUACCAGCAGUCCGAUGCUCCUACCUCUCAACAUUUCAUCCAAAUCAUACAGUAAAAAAUCACCCAAACUGUGGCCCAAGAGGAGCGCCAACGUGGUGCCUGUUAACACUUCUGCUCCGUCUUUAGGAGAGUUGUCAGGUCUCUGCUUCAGCUCUCAAGAGGAGUUCAGUAAAUUGCAUGAAGAUUUUGGAAGAGAAGUGAAGGAACUGAUUGCUGAUUGGUUAAAAAAGGGGCAAGGUGGUGAAGCUGUUCAGCAAGAAAACUUAAUAGAUUUUGGAUAAUCUCUGAGAAGUACAAACUGUGACUGAGCCCUUGGUUUCAAUAACUGUGGUUGCUUUGCAAACCUAUGAUGUAAAUAGUCAUAUGAACUAUACUAAGUUGUGUUGUUCAUUUUUUUUACUAAUUAUGUAUGCUGUUGAGUCAAUAAAUGAAAUAUGAUCUGUCCAA